AGUGUUACACGAACGAGUGAUCAAGGACGUAAUAGAUUUCAGUCUGGAAUGAAACUGCCGUUAGCGUAGUGACGUUGCAGGUACGCAAGAAGCUGGCCAAUGAAUGACCCCGAGGCGCGAAGAAGCGUCAGAUACUACGCUCUUCAGACUCGUUGGUUUCGUCAAGUGAAACAGUCGAUAGUGCUGAUACUGGCGUGCGAAUAACAAGGUGACUCGACCAUGCUCGCAUGAGUUUAGAAUAGCAGUAGAGAAUGGCGGAAGAAUCUUUGUUGGUCAGCUGUGACUGCGGUUACCGUGAUGUUCGUCAAGGCGUCAAGGCGCACCAGAAGACGUGUGGCGUCAGGAUAGUUCCAGCCCAGCGUCGUACCAUUGAGCAGAAGGAACAAGAUGCAGCCGAGAAGGACUCAAUGGCCGACACGACACCUAGCGGCCCUGAGCCGAAACACGCGUCCGUAAAACCCAAGAGAGAUGAAGGAGAGACGGAGGACCCUAUUUCUCAGGCUGUGGGCGAGUAUGGGCGGUGGCAGCUUCAACUUACAUUCUUCUUGUCGCUCUUCAACAUUCCCUGCACGUGGCAUAUAUUCGCCCUCACGUUCCAGUCCCUCCCGUCAGAUUUCUGGUGCGCGAAACCUCACCUCGCGAACAUUUCGGUGGACGAGUGGAGAAACAUCUCUCAUAUAUUAAGCACAAAGGACGGCAAGGACAGCUACAAUCCCUGCCAUAUCUGGGAUGUGGAUUACUCAGCAGCUACAUUCUCUGGACACAACAACUCUAGCAGGGCUUGCACCCAAUGGCAGUUUGACAGCACCGAGUCUGGAGAAACCAUCACUGAGAAGUGGCAACUGGUAUGCGACAGAGCACAACUCGUGAAUGUAGCGGAGAUGAUGUUCCUGGCCGGAGUGGCGGCCGGAGGUCUGGUUUCCGGCAUGGUGUCCGACAGGUUCGGCCGCAAGAGGACUCUGAUGGGCUCACUGGUGCUGCAGAUAUGUCUAGCCGUAAUCAUGGCUUUCUCACCCUGGUUCGAGCUUUACCUCGUCCUGCGGUGUUGCCUCGGCUUCAUCUCCGUUGGCGUUGUCUUCAGCGGAUUCGUUUUGUGUAUGGAGCUGGUGGGAGGGAAAUGGAGGACGAUAUCCGGAGUGUCCUACUUGUUCCCCGUGCCACUGAGUUACAUCGCGAUAGCCGGCAUCGCCUACUUCGUGAGGGGUUGGUCGCAGCUUCAGCUCGCCAUCACUCUCCCCUCCGUACUGCUCUUCGCACUCUGGUGGGUACUACCGGAAUCUCCCCGCUGGCUGUUGGCUGUUGGCAGAACAGAUGAGGUAAUGAUCAUCCUACAAGAAGCGGCACGUGUCAAUAAACGCCCCCUGCCUCCAAGUCUGGACAAGACACUUCGCCAAGCCACGGUCCGCAAGGAAUCUGCUGAUCAACCUAAGGCCGGUAUCAUGGAUCUUUUCCGCACUCCAAAAAUGAGGAAGAAUUCCUUGGUCCUGUAUGUCAUCUGGUUCAGUGUGUAUCUUGUAUACUAUGGCCUGGUGCUGAACCUGGGAAACAUUGGUGGAGACAUUUACAUAAACACAGUACUGUCUGGUGUUGUUGAGGUGCCCGCUAUUGCCAUCAGCAUCUUAUUCCUGCUCAAGAAGGGGAGGCGGUGGCCCUUGUGCCUCACACUUAUGGGCAGUGGCGCGGCAUGUCUCCUAACCCUCGCCAUACCACCAGGUGAUACAGACCUUGAGUGGGUAACCAUAAUGUUUGCAAUGGCCGGCAAGUUCUCCGUGUCCUCGUCUAAUGCCGUGACGCCGGUGUUCACUGCGGAGUUGUUCCCAACUGUGGUGCGAAACCUUGGAGUCGGGUCGUCAAACGUCCCUGCAGGGAUAGCCCUAAUGCUCGUGCCCUAUCUCUGGAAUCUGUCCGGGGUGGACGAACGCGUGCCGAUGGGUGUGUUAGGGGCCUUUGGACUGCUGGGCGGUCUGUGCGUGUUGCUCCUGCCCGAGACGGGUAACAGGCCCAUGGUGGCCACCCUGCAGGAAGGAGAGGAGUUGCCAAGGUCGAGAAAUACGAGCUGUGUGGAAAAGCAAGUGAAGAAAGGCGAUGCUGGCAACUGUAAUGGAUCUUUCGCGCCUUGAAACGUUACGUGUAUGGAAACUGAUGCUCACCUGUCCUCAUAUGAUCAUGAGUUCUAGAAUGGCCCUCUGAGCCUGAAGAUGGCAGGCAUUCAUCCUGUUUCAUCAGUACCUGUGUCUGCGACGAAAGAACAUGUUAAUGGCGUCUUUAUUUAUUUUCGUAUCUGAAUUGUUGUUAAUAUAUUGGCUACACAUAAGCUACUAAAUAGUAGCUAGCACGUUUUACGUAAAAUCACGUUAUUGAGUGAAUAGAUGUGGGCGUUGUUUGUGAAUCGACGUUAUAAAAAUGUGCGGCAUGACAGGAAGGAUAUAUAUUCAAUGGAGGAUUUUUUUAUUUCUUUAAGAAUACCGCUACACAAUCUCCACGUGACGGCCUCACAUUGGACGCCGCCUGCACAGUGUUCAGGCCGUGUCCUUUGUGAUUGUCCCCUAAGGAUUGUUUCUCAACAAGAAGUUAUGUAACCGGAAACUAAAACUGGCUUUAUGUGUGUCGAUUGAUCAAUAAACAUUAGAAAUUUAAAUUAA